AUGGAUGAAAACACCGCUGGCGGCUCUACCGAUUACUCACGAACGUGUCCUAGAGGUCACUGGAGACCCGCCGAAGAUGAAAAGCUCCGGCAGCUUGUCCAACGAUAUGGUCCUCAGAAUUGGAACUCUAUAGCUGAAAAGCUUCAAGGCAGAUCAGGAAAGAGUUGCAGAUUAAGAUGGUUUAAUCAACUUGACCCUAGAAUUAAUAGGAGGCCAUUUUCGGAAGAAGAAGAAGAAAGGCUGUUGGCAGCUCACCGCGUACAUGGAAAUAAAUGGGCUCUCAUCUCACGGUUAUUUCCAGGUCGAACUGAUAACGCUGUCAAGAAUCAUUGGCAUGUUAUUAUGGCAAGAAAGCAAAGGGAAAAAUCCAAGGUUUGUGAUAAAUCUGCAACAAGGUUUAAUAAAGAUGAUUCACACACCCUUUCUAGUGUUGAUAGUAUUUCUAGCUCGAAAUACUUUCUAAAGUUCGAGAAUGGGAAUAGAGAAAAAGUUAAUUCAUGGUCUUUUAUGAGACCAAGUACAAUGUUAGCAACCAAAGCAUCAUCUUCAAUGGAUUUUAGUGGAACACGACAAGGUAAAGAUUGCUUCGUUGGCUCCAGGGUGUUCAAUCACGAUAGCAAUUCACAACUUCAAAAUACGUCGUUGGGACAAACGUUUGUCAGGAAUUACUACGGAGGAUAUAGAGUAGCCGGGGAUUAUCAAACGUAUAAAAAGGUCACACUUGCAAGCUCUUUUUCUAUGGUAAAGAGGCAAGAACUUGGUAAGCAAAAAAUAGAUGAGGAUGAAGCCAAAAAUCAGAAUGAUGUACCAUUCAUAGAUUUUCUUGGAGUGGGAAUAUCUUCUUGA